GAACAAAUUUGGAUGUGUCAUCGGGAUUCUCCGGUCGUCGUUUGAAGCUGUCAGUUGGAGACAAGCUGGCAACUUGAUCCAUGAGUGUUGAUUGGUCCUUGUUUGGUGGAGCGGAGACAUUUGAUUCAUUACCGCGCCGGACUGUUAUCCCAAACCUCAAGAAUGCCAACCCGCCCCGCGGGCCGCCAAAGAAUCCCCGGGAUUUUCUGUGGGUCAUGACCGAGGAACCGCACAAAACUCGUCGUCUAGAGAUACUCAAAUCCCAUCCUGAGGUGACCGGGCUCAUGGGUUACGAGCCAUUAACAAAAUGGGUUGUACUUUUUGUUAUAUCAGUCCAAUUGUUGGUCGCCUUCUAUCUUAGAAAUACGCCAUGGAUGUCGACAAAGUUCCUACUUGCCGCUUACCUGAUCGGUGGUACUGCUAACCACAACAUUUUCUUGGCAAUCCACGAAAUCACCCAUAACCUCGCGUUCCAAGGAGUCAAGGCGAAUAAGCUCUUUUCCAUCAUUACGAACCUGCCGAUCGGCAUUCCUUAUGCAAUGGCGUUCAAAAGAUACCACCUUGAACAUCACAAGAAUCUGGGUGAGGACGGCAUUGACACGGAUAUACCAACAUGGUUGGAAGUUGUGAUGCUGGAUAACGUCGCUGGAAAAGCUUUCUUUGCCACUUUUCAAAUCUUGUUCUAUGCCGUCCGACCUGGAUUCGUGAGAUCACAGAAGCUGACCUUCUGGCAUCUCCUCAAUCUGACAUCUCAACUCGCUUUUGAUGUCCUUAUCGCGAAUACAAUGGGUCCUCAGGCGUUGCUUUAUUUAUUUACGUCAUCUUUCUUUGCGGGAAGCCUGCAUCCAUGUGCUGGACACUUUAUAGCUGAACACUAUUUAUGGGACGGUCUAGAUCAAGAGACAUACAGCUACUACGGGCCACUCAACCUUUUAGCCUACAAUGUUGGGUAUCAUAAUGAGCAUCAUGACUUUCCCUCCGUCCCAUGGACACGACUUCCUAGACUUCGUGCGCUGGUCCCCGAAGUUUAUGAUAAUCUUCCAUCUCAUCCUUCUUGGCCUAUGGUUAUUUUCAACUUUAUAUUCGACAGCGACAUUGGCAUGUCGUCCCGAUUAAAGCGAAAGAGCAAGUCGCCUGACGCAGCCAAAGACGAGCCAGUCGUGACUAGGGACAAAGUAGUAGAUGACUGUGUUGUGACUCGUGCAUACGCGGAUUCGGGAAAGUUAGAUUGACUAUUUAGACGCGCGGUUGGACGUUUUUGGAAGUAUAGCACUGCCACCCUAAUCGAAUUCAGCAUGUCUGACACCCAACCCUUGACACCAUCCGUGAGAGCACGAGGGCGUGGUCGUGGGAAGUCUAGAGGAGGCUUGGGAAAGUAUCUCAGGGCAUCCGGACGUGGUCGCGGCCGUGGACGCGCGGCAGAGUUCACUGCACCACUCGUUUUGGAGGAGGAUCAGACGGUGGAGUUAAACGAAGAAGAACAGUGGGGACUUGAGGUGCGGGCAAAUACCUGGCCCUUCGCUUGAAAUGAUUUUGAGGCAUCGCGACGUUUCGGAAUUU